AUCGGAUGUUUGACGUGUUUCCUGUUGGUACACGAAUGUGGAGGUUGAGUGUUAUCUUGGGAGUACUACUUGAGUAUGCAGUGGGUGGAGGAGAAGGCGGAGUGUCUGGAGAAUGUGGCGCGGCGAAAAUUGCGGGUGUGCGUGGCCACCUGUAACCGUGCUGAUUACUCUAAACUGGCCCCCAUCAUGUUUGGGCUGAAGUCCCAGCCAGAGCUGUUCGAGUUGGAGGUGGUGGUGCUUGGAUCACACCUCAUCGACGACUACGGGAACACCUUUCGUAUGAUCGAGCAGGACGAGUUCGACAUCGGCACGAAGCUGCACACCAUCGUUCGUGGCGAGGACGAGGCCGCGAUGGUGGAGUCGGUCGGUCUGGCCCUCGUCAAGCUUCCCGACAUGCUGCAGCGCCUGGCGCCCGACGUGCUCAUUGUCCACGGCGACCGCUUUGAUGCCCUCGCCCUGGCGACGGCUGCCGCUCUCAUGAACAUCCGCAUCCUCCACCUGGAGGGCGGAGAGGUGAGCGGCACCAUCGACGACUCCAUCCGACACGCCAUCUCCAAGCUGGCGCACUACCACGCCGUCUGUACUCGCUCCGCAGAGAGACACCUCAUCGCCAUGUGCGAGGACCACUCGCGGAUCCUAUUGGCCGGGUGCCCGUCAUAUGACAAGCUGCUCUCCGCCCACAAGAGGGAUGACUACGCCGACAUCAUCAAGGCCUGGCUUGGUGACAGUGUGAAGGAGCAGGACUAUAUUGUGGCCCUCCAGCACCCAGUAACCACAGACAUUAAGAACUCCAUAAAGAUCUAUGAGCUCAUGCUGGAUGCCCUCAUGUCCUUCAACAAGAAAACACUCAUCCUCUUCCCCAACAUUGACGCUGGCAGUAAGGAGCUGGUGCGUGUCCUGCGGAGGAAGGGUGUGGAACAGCACCCAAACUUUCGCGCCGUCAAGCACGUCCCAUUCGACCAGUUCAUCCAGCUGGUGGCUCACGCCGGCUGCAUGGUGGGAAACAGCAGCUGCGGUGUGCGGGAGGCCGGGGCCUUCGGCACACCCGUCAUCAACCUGGGCACACGCCAGACAGGACGAGAGACCGGUGAGAACGUGCUCCAUGUCCGAGACGCCGACACGCAGAACAAGAUCUACCACGCUUUGGAGUUGCAGUUCGGCAAGCGCUACCCCUGCUCUAAAAUCUAUGGCGAUGGGAACGCUGUCCCACGCAUCCUGAAGUUCCUGCAGUCGAUUGACAUGUCGGAGCCGUUGCAGAAGACUUUCUGCUUCCCGACAGUGUGGGAGUGCAUCUCGCAGGACAUCGACCACAUCCUGGAGAUGCAGAGUGCCCUGGCUGUGGACCUGGGGGGAACCAACCUGCGUGUGGCCAUCGUUAGCAUGAAGGGUAAGUUGGUGAAGAAGUACACCCAGCCCAACCCAAAGACGUUUGAGGAGCGUAUUGAGGUCAUACUGAGCAUGUGCAAACAGGCCAUCGCCGACGCCGUUCACCAAAACUGCCGGGUCCUGGGAGUCGGGGUGAGCACGGGGGGCAGAGUGAACCCCAAGGAGGGCGUGGUGCUGGACUCGACUAAGCUGAUCCGGGAGUGGGCCGGAGUGAACGUGCGCACCCCAGUCUCCAGCGCCCUGCACCUCCCCGUCUGGGUGGACAACGACGGCAACUGCGCAGCCCUUGCCGAGAAGAAGUUCGGCCACGGGAAGGGCAUGGAGAACUUCGUCACCGUCAUCACGGGGACGGGGAUCGGGGGUGGGAUCAUCCAGCACGGCGAGCUGAUACACGGCAGCACGUUCUGCGCGGCGGAGCUGGGCCAUAUCAUGGUGGCACUGGAGGGGCCCGAGUGUUCGUGCGGCAGCCAUGGCUGUAUAGAGGCCUUCGCCUCUGGCCUGGCCCUGCAGAGAGAGGCCAAGAGACUGCACGACGAGGACCUUCUUCUGGUGGAAGGGAUGAGUGUGAGUAACAAGGAGCAGGUGAACGCCGCCGACCUCAUCCACGCUGCUCACCUUGGUAACAGCAAAGCUGAGGCAGUCCUCCACACAGCGGGCACAGCUCUUGGCGUUGGCAUCGUGAACAUCCUGCACACGGUGAAUCCCUCCCUCGUCGUCCUGUCUGGCAUUCUUGCAAAGCACUACGAGGGCCCUGUGUGCCAGGUUAUACGCCAGCGUGCCCUCUCCUCCGCCAGGGACAUCAGGGUCGUGACCUCUGACCUGGAAGAACCUGCCCUGCUGGGCGCCGCUAGCAUGGUGCUGGACUACGCCACCCGACGCACCUACUGACACUUGGAGCCAAUCAGACAGUCCACAUCAAGUCUCGGACACAGAGGGCCAAUCAGACAGUCUGCAUCAACACUUGCAGACAGAGGGCCAAUCAGAUACUCUUUCUGGUUUUUUUUUGUGUGGUUAUUUUUGGGGGGGAGCUUAACUGUUGCCUAAUGCUUUUCCUGCAACUCCGUCUUCCUUGUUCCUUUAAAUGUUUAUUUUAUGAAGUUUGUCCAAUGCGAUCCGUGA